GGCACCGCCUCCGCCCCUCUGCUCUGCCAGGCGAGGCAGGCGGGCGCGGCCGCAAGUGCCCUCCCGUCCAGUUCCCGUUCCGGGCCGGGGCGCAAGGCUGCACCCGCCCAGCGCUUCCCGCAGCUGCUGGUGCUGUGAGCUCCCCAGCGCUCCCGGGUCUACGCGCCUCCGGUCCCCGGGCUCGCCGCUCCCGGGUCUCCGCGCUCCCCCGGCUCGCGGCUCCCGGGUCUCCGCGCUCCCCCGGCUCGCGGCUUCCUGGUCUCCGCGCUCCUCCGGCUCGCCGCUCCCGGGUUUCCGCGCUCUCCUGGCUGGUGGCUCCCGGGCCUCGGCGCUCCCCUGAGCACCUGGCUCUCGCCCCGGUUCCCAGCUGUUGUGAAGUCUCUACACGUGGAACCCAAGUUCCAGAAAGAAGUUGGAAAUCGAAGAUUUAAGGAGAGAAUGUUGUUCUAAAAUAUUCUGACUUACUUCAAAGACUAAGGCCAGAAACUUAAAAAGGGGCAUCACGGAGAGAGAGGCGGGCGCCCUGGAUCCUGAUUGCCCUUCUGCCAGGAAGAUACGUGUAGCCAAAGAUGAAUUUGGGCAAAGUAGCUGCUUGCUCCUUUAGCCAUGGAAAAGCAGGGCCACGGUGAGAUGGGAAUCAUUCCAUCAGAGUCUCACUCCCAUGUUAAGUUGUUGAAAAUCAACCGGGAACUUCUGGUCACUCACAUCCGCAACACCCAGUGUCUGGUGGACAACUUGCUGAAGAAUGACUACUUCUCCUCUGAAGAUGCGGAGAUCGUGUGUGCCUGCCCCACACAGCCUGACAAGGUUCGCAAAAUUCUGGACCUGGUACAGAGCAAGGGCGAGGAAGUGUCCGAGUUCUUCCUCUACGUGCUCCAGCAACUUGCAGAUGCUUACGUGGAUCUCAGGCCUUGGCUAUUGGAGACUGGCUUCUCCCCCUCCGAGCUCAUUCGGAGCAGAGUUGUUGUCAACACUGACCCAGUGAGCAGGUACACCCAGAAGCUGCGACAGCAACUGGGCCUCGACUCCAAGUUCAUCCUGUGCUACGCCCAGAAGGAGGAGCUGUUGCUGGAGGAGAUGUACACGGACACCAUCGUGGAGCUGGUGGGCUUCAGGAACGAGAGCCUGGGCCUGCUGGGCAGCCUGGCCUGCCUGCUGGACCACUCCACCGGCGUCCUCAGCGAGCAGGGCGAGACCAUCUUCAUCUUCGGGGACGCCGGCGUGGGCAAGUCCAUGCUGCUUCAGCGGCUGCAGGGCCUGUGGGCCGCGGGGCUGCUGGACGCGGAGUUCAAGUUCUUCUUCCACUUCCGCUGCCGCGUGUUCAGCUGCUUCAAGGAGGACGACGCGCUGUGCCUGCAGGACCUGCUCUUUAAGCAUUACUGCUACCCGGAGCAGGACCCAGAUGAGGUGUUCGCCUUCCUGCUGCGCUUCCCCCACACGGCCCUCUUCACCUUCGAUGGCCUGGACGAGCUGCACUCGGACUUCGACCUGAGCAGCGUGCCUGACACCUCCUCCCCCUGGGAGCCCGCCCACCCCCUGGCGCUGCUGGCCAACCUGCUCAGCGGGAAGCUGCUCAAGGGCGCCGCCAAGCUGCUCACGGCCCGCACGGGCAUCGAGAUCCCGCGCCAGCUCCUCCGCAAGAAGGUGUUUCUGCGGGGCUUCUCGCCCAGCCACCUGCGGGCCUACACCCAGAGGGUGUUCCCCGAGCCCGCCGUGCGGGACCGCCUGCUGGCCCACCUGGAGGCCAACCCCAACCUCUGCAGCCUGUGCGCUGUGCCCCUCUUCUGCUGGAUCGUCUUCCGCUGUUUCCAGCACUUCCACAGUGUUGCGGACAUCUCCACGCAGCUGCCUGACUGCACGGUGACCCUGACCGACGUCUUCCUGCUGAUCACCGAGGUCCACCUGAACAGGACGCAGCCCACCAGCCUGGUCCAGCGGAACACGCGCAGCCGGACGGAGACCUUCCGCGCCGGCGGCGCCGCCUUGCGCUCGCUGGGGCGGGUGGCCCACCAGGGCAUGGAGAAGAACCUCUUUGUCUUUGGCCAGGAGGAUGUGCGGGCCGCCGAGGUGCAGGACGGAGAGCUGCAGCUGGGCUUCCUGCGGGCCGUGCCAGAGCAGGGCCUCGGGGGUGACCAGCAGGCCUAUGAGUUUUUCCACGUCACCCUCCAGGCCUUCUUUACCGCCUUCUUUCUCGUGGCGGACCACAAGGUAGGCACGCAGCAGCUGCUCAGGUUCUUCCGGGAGUGUGGGCUUCCUGGCGAGGCAGCCGUGGAGUCCUGCUACCCCUCCUUUCUCCCUGUGCGGUGUCUGAGGGGCCCCGGCCUGGCCGGGGAGGACCUCUUCAAGAACAAGGAUCACUUCCAGUUCACCAACCUCUUCCUGUGCGGGCUGUUGUCCAAGGCCAAGCAGAAACUCCUGCGGCACCUGGUGCCCGCGGCGGUCCUGCGGAGAAAGCGCAAGGCCCUGUGGGCGCACCUGUUUGCCAGCCUGCGGGCCCACCUGAAGAGCCUGCCCCGGCUCCAGUACGAGGGCUACAACCAGGUGCAGGCCAUGCCCACCUUCAUCUGGAUGCUGCGCUGCAUCUACGAGACGCAGAGCGAGAAGGUGGGGCGGCUGGCGGCCAAGGGCAUCUGUGCGAACUACCUCAAGCUGACCUACUGCAAUGCCUGCUCGGCCGACUGCAGCGCCCUCUCGUUCGUCCUGCACCACCUCCGCAAGCGGCUCGCCCUGGACCUGGACAACAACAACCUCAACGACUACGGCGUGCGGGAGCUGCAGCCCUGCUUCAGCCGCCUCACGGUCAUCAGACUCAGCGUAAACCAGAUCACUGACAGUGGGGUAAAGGUGUUAUGUGAAGAGCUGACCAAAUACAAAAUUCUGACGUUUUUAGGCCUGUAUAACAACCAGAUCACCGAUGUCGGAGCCCGGUACAUCGCCAGAAUCCUGGACGAGUGCAAGGGCCUCACGCACUUGAAACUGGGGGAGAACAAAAUAACGAGUGAAGGAGGAAAGUGUCUCGCCCUGGCUGUGAAGAAGAGCAAGUCCAUCUUUGAAGUUGGAUAGGGAGUGCGUGAGCACAAGUGGGGGAGGGGCAGAGAGAGAGGGAGACACAGAAUCGGAAGCAGGCUCUAGGCUCUGAGCUGUCAGCACAGAGCCCGACACGGGGCUCGAACUCAUGGACUGUGAGAUCAUGACCUGAGCCGAAGUCGGACGCUUAACUGACUGAGCCACCCAGGCGCCCCUGGUCAUUCUAUUUUAAAAUAAUUUUUUUUAAUGUUUAUUUUUAAGAUAGGGAGUGCGUGAGCACAAGUGGGGGAGGGGCAGAGAGAGAGGGAGACACAGAAUCGGAAACAGGCUCCAGGCUCUGAGCUGUCAGCACAGAGCCUGACGCGGGGCUCGAACUCACGGACCAUGGGAUCAUGACCUGAGCUGAAGCUGGAUGCUUAACUGACUGAGCCACCCAGGAGCCCCUGGUGAUUCUGUCUUUAAUUUUGUGAGGGCCCACCACACUGUUUCCCACCAGCAGUGCAUCCAGGUUUUCCGUGCCCUCCCCUCCCCAUCGCUUGUCAUUUUCUGCUCUUUUUGAUGGUAACCACCCUAACAGGGACGAGGUGGUAUCUCAUUAUGGUUUGGACUCCAGAGGCUUUUUAAAAAAGCUUUUUAUAGCGUUAUAAUUUUUACCUGAUUACAAAAGAAACACCGAUAACUUUAUCUGGAAACUGUGACGAAUACGAAAAAGAUAAUAAAUAUCAUCUCGGAAAUAUUGUCAACACCUGAGGUCGGUUAAGCUUUCGUGUUCUCUCAUGCAGCGUGUGCUCGCCACUGGUUUUUUUUUAAUCUAGCAGAGGGGCGCCUGGGUGGCUCAGUCGGUUGGGCGGCCGACUUCAGCUCAGGUCAUAAUCUCGCGGUCCGUGAGUUCGAGCCCCACGUCAGGCUCUGUGCUGACAGCUCGGAGCCUGGAGCCUGUUUCGGAUUCUGUGUCUCCCUCUCUCUCUGACCCUCCCCCAUUCACGCUCUGUCUCUCUCUGUCUCAAAAAUAAAUAAACGUUAAAAAAAAAUUUUUUUUUAAACUCUAGUAGAGGUCAGGCUAUAUGUACAGAAUUUUAUUCCUUUUCACUUAAUCUCAUGAGUAGUUUUCCCCUUCAUUAAAAAUUUGAUAUCGUUCAAUUGUAUAGUACACGUACUUUUUUUUUUUUGUAGUUUCAAGUUUUUAUUUAAAUUCCAGUUAGUUAACGUAUAGUAUAAUAUUAGUUUCAGGAGUAAAAUUUAGAGAGUCAUUGCUUACAUAUAACACCCAGUGCUCAUUACAGCCACUGCCUAUUUUAUUUUAUAUUUAUUAAAUUUAAUUUUGAGGGAGCGAGGCGGGGAGGGGCAGAGAGAGGGAGAGACAGAAUCCCAAGCAGGCUCUGUACUGUAAGCAGCAGAGCCCGGCAUGGGGCUGGAACCCACAAACUGUGAGAUCAUGACCUGAGCUGAAACCAAGAGUUGAACGCUUAACCGUCUGAGCCACCUCUGACUUCCUCUGACUUAGUUCGCUCAGCAUAAUACAAUCUAACUCCGUCCACAUUGGUGGAAGUGGCAAGAUUUCGUCUUUUGAAUGGCCGAGUAAUAUUCCGUUGUAUAUAUCUAUCACAUUUGCUUUAUGCAUUCAUCCGUCGAUGGACAUUGGGACUCUUUCCAUGCUUUGGCUAUUGUUGAUAGUGCUGCUAUAAACAUGGGGGUGCCUGUGCCCUCUCAAAUCUGUAUUUUUGUACUCUUUGGGUAAAUACCUAGUAGUGCAAUUGCUGGAUUAUAGGAUAAUUCUAUUUUUACCUUUUUGAGGAACCUCCAUACUGUUUUCCACAGUGGCUGCACCAGUUGGUGUGUUAAGAGGUUCCCCUUUUCUCCACCUCCUCCUGUACACAUACUCUCUGUACAAAAUACUGAGAAUUCAUUCCAGGGCUUUAGCGUCCCCAGGAGGGAUGGUGGCAGGGCACAGGGCAUGGUGCCCAGGCAGCCCCAGGUCCGCUGUGCAUGGGCUGGGCAGGCAGUGCCCUCAGCCUAAUAACAAUAGCUGUCACCUGCCAUAGGCCAGGUGCUGUUCUAAGGGCUUUGCAUAUGUUAACUAACUUAAUCCUCAUAACAACUCUAGGGGGAAUUUUCUUAUUAGCCCCAUUUUACCGAUGAGGAGACAAAGAUCCAAGAGCUUAUAUCAUUCACCCAAGUGAACCUUAAAUCCAGAUAAAAAUCCAGUUAAAACGGGAGGCCAGCGGUGUGGCUCUGGAGCCCAGCAUCCUGCCGCGCAGACCCUCGCAGGUUAUCCGCUGUGGGGAAGGAGGGGGCGAGGCUUCAUUAUUGCAGCUCCCCCCUAGACCACAUCGGCCCGCCAGCACGCUGUAGUAGGGUCCUCUUCCAGAAAAGCAGCGUUGCUGGUGGUGUUUCCAAGGGUGCUUCCUGAUCUUUGCUUCCUGGAAGACCGACUGUGUCUUCACCAAUGUCUCGCGCCCCGGCACCGAGCCAAAUGGAUGCUGGAGUUGGCAAUUCCACAGGCCUCCUGUUUAGGCUUCUGCAAACCUGUCUCCUCCUCGAGGGGCAUCUGGGACUGCCUUGUGCUCAGACACCUCCCCCCCCCCCCCACCAACGCCUCUUGGAAAGCCCAGCGGCGUGAACUUAGUCUCUAAUUGUGCAACUAUCUGAUGGACUUCUGUUCCCGAGGCUUCUGCUGCUCUUACCCUUACAUUUCCCUUUGAAUUGGAAACCGAGAGCAGCUCACUAAGGGGCUGGUGUGGGAAUCUGCUCCAGGCCACGGCUCCAGGGACAGAGGACAGACAUCUGCCGGUGAGUGUCCCGUGGGCUCGGCCACCAGCAGAAAGUGAGUGGUGAGCGCAGGCUAACGUUCACCGUCUUGCCUCUGC